UUUGAAGCAAAACAAAAGGUCUCUCUCUCUGUGGCAACAAAAAAGGGCACGUUUCAUGUUUCCUAUGUUUCGUUUUUGUUUAGAGUUUUUCUUUUUUCUCUCGUUACAUUAACGUGACCCUUUUCACUAUGUUACACGCGAAGUAACAAAAACAAAAUCUUAUAUAUAGGUUUCUUUGUUUCACCAUACAAAUUAAGCAAAGCAAUAUACCUUUGAACCAAAGAGAGAAAAAGAAAAGGAGGAGAUGAAACAAGGAGGUGAUGAUGAUGGAAGAGGAGAAGGAGAAGGAGAUGUAGUAGCCAUGGCUGUGAAAGUUGAGAACCAGAGGGUUCCAUUCCAUAAACUGUUCUCUUUGGCGGACCGGCUUGACGUGUUCUUGAUGAUUGUGGGCACCAUAGGAGCCACAGCUAAUGGGCUAUCGCAGCCGCUCAUGACACUCAUCUUUGGGCAGCUGAUCAACUCGUUUGGCUCCAGUGACCAAUCCAAUGUCGUUAAACAAGUGUCUAAGGUGGCAAUAGACUUUUUGUACUUAGCAGUUGGUACGGCAAUCGCUUCAUUUCUACAGGUAGCAAGUUGGAUGGUAACAGGAGAAAGGCAGGCCACCCGAAUUCGUAGUUUGUACUUGAAAACGAUACUAAGACAAGACAUUGCCUUCUUUGACACUGAAACAUCUACUGGAGAGGUCAUCGGAAGGAUGUCUGGGGAUACCAUUCUCAUUCAGGAUGCCAUGGGUGAAAAGGUUGGAAAAUUCAUACAACUUUUUUCUACUUUUUUUGGUGGAUUUGUGAUUGCCUUUGCAAGAGGAUGGCUCCUUUCAUCAGUUUUGCUUUCUUGUAUACCUGCUAUUAUCCUUAUUGGUGGAGUUAUGUCAAUCCUGCUGUCAAGAAUGACAAGCCGUGGGCAAGUUGCUUAUGCAGAAGCUGGCAAUGUAGUAGAACAAAUAGUUGGAGCCAUAAGAACAGUUGCUUCUUUCACUGGGGAGAAGAGAGCAAUAGAAAAAUACAACAAGAAGCUAAGAAUUGCCUACGCUGCUACAGUUCAACAAGGGCUGGCCUCAGGGCUAGGACUAGGUAUACUUUUACUCAUUAUGUUUUGCACUUAUGGACUCGCUGUAUGGUACGGAGCCAAACUGAUCAUUGAAAAGGGAUACAAUGGAGGACAAGUCUUCAACAUAAUGUUGGCAAUCAUGAUGGGUGGAAUGUCUUUGGGCCAGACAUCCCCUAGCAUGAAUGCAUUUGCAUCAGGGCAAGCUGCAGCUUACAAAAUGUUUGACACAAUCAAGCGAGAACCCAAUAUUGAUGCCUAUGACACCAAUGGGGUCAUAUUGGAGGACAUAAGAGGUGAAAUUGAACUCAAAGAUGUGUACUUCAGAUACCCUGCAAGGCCAGAAGUACAGAUCUUUUCUGGAUUCUCAUUGCAAGUUCCAAGUGGCACAACUGCUGCUCUAGUUGGGCAAAGUGGAAGUGGGAAGUCUACAGUGAUCAGCCUAGUUGAAAGAUUUUAUGAUCCCGAAGCUGGUGAAGUACUUAUAGAUGGUGUAAAUUUGAAGCAGUUGCAGCUUAAAUGGAUAAGAGAGAAGAUUGGUUUGGUUAGUCAAGAACCUAUUCUUUUUGCGACUACCAUAAAGGAAAACAUAGCAUACGGGAAGGAAAAUGCGACUCAAGAGGAAAUCAGAACAGCAAUUGAGCUUGCUAAUGCUGCAAAAUUCAUAGACGAGCUACCCAACGGGCUUGACACAAUGGCAGGAGAGCAUGGAACUCAACUCUCUGGUGGACAAAAGCAAAGAAUUGCAAUUGCAAGGGCCAUUCUAAAGAACCCAAAAAUCCUCCUCCUUGAUGAAGCAACAAGCGCACUGGAUGCUGAGUCUGAACGCAUAGUUCAAGAUGCAUUAGUAAACAUCAUGUCAAAUCGAACAACUGUGGUUGUUGCACAUCGUUUGACAACUAUUAGGAAUGCUGACAUUAUAGCUGUGGUGCAAGAAGGGAAAAUUGUAGAGAGAGGAACACAUGAGGAGUUGAUAAGAGAUCCAGAAGGGGCUUACUCCCAGCUAAUUCACCUGCAAGAAGGAGCUCAUGAAGUGGAAGACACCAGAACCUCUGACAUUGAUAUUUCUGAUAUAGAUAAGACCAUGGCUAGUUCUGGCAGCCAGAGAUUCUCUAUGGGAAGAUCCUUAAGUAGAGGGUCAUCAGGUAGCAGGCAUUCUUUCAGAAUUAGCUAUGUUAUCCCUGGAGCAAUUAGUGCCUACGAGACUCAAGAAAAUGGGGAUGUGAGUUCUGAAAGAAAUGUGAUGGAUAUAGAGAAGCGUCAAAAGGUGUCCCUGAAACGGUUGGCAUAUUUGAACAAGCCUGAGGUUCCAGUGUUGAUAGUAGGAUCCAUUGCUGCAGCCAUACAUGGUGUAAUUUUCCCCAUGUUUGGCCUAUUACUGUCAUCAGCCAUUAAUAUGUUCUAUGAACCUAAAGAAAAAUUACAAAAAGAUUCUCGAUUUUGGGCGCUUGUGUUUGUGGGUUUGGGUUGCCUUUCUCUGACAGUUCUUCCAGUGCAAAAUUACUUCUUUGGAGUAGCAGGUGGAAGAUUGAUAGAACGAAUUCGAUCCUUGACAUUUGAGAAGGUCGUGCACCAAGAAAUAAGUUGGUUUGAUGAUCCUGCAAAUUCAAGUGGGGCGGUUGGUGCAAGAUUGUCUACUGAUGCUUCCACAGUCCGGAGUCUUGUUGGUGAUGCCUUGGCCUUAGUCGUUCAGAAUAUAUCGACAAUCAUAGCUGGGCUACUCAUAGCAUUUACAGCUAACUGGAAAUUGGCUUUGAUAAUUCUAGCUGUGUUGCCAAUCUUGUUUAUGCAAGGAUACUUUCAGAUGAAAUUUAUGACAGGGUUCAGUGCAGAUGCCAAGGUGAUGUAUGAAGAAGCGAGUCAAGUGGCAAAUGAUGCAGUUGGCAGCAUUAGGACUGUUGCGUCAUUUUGCGCCGAAAAGAAGGUGAUGGAUUUGUACCAAGAGAAAUGUGAUGGCCCGAAAAAACAUGGAGUUAGGUUAGGACUCAUAAGUGGAGUAGGUUUUGGCUUCUCUUUCUUUGCACUCUACUGCACAAAUGCAUUUUGUUUCUAUAUUGGUUCUGUUCUUGUGAAACAUGGAAAUGCAACAUUUGGCGAAGUUUUAAAGGUUUUCUUUGCUUUGACAAUGGCCGCAAUUGGAGUCUCACAAUCUAGUGCUUUGGCUCCAGACACAGGCAAAGCCAAGGAUUCAGCAGCUUCAAUAUUUGAAAUUCUUGACAGCAAGCCUAGCAUAGAUUCAAGUAGCAAUGAGGGAAUCACGUUGCCCUCUGUAACUGGGAAUAUUGAGUUACAAAAUGUCAACUUUAAAUAUCCCACACGUCCUGAUGUUCAAAUUUUCAAAGACUUGUCCUUGAGAAUCCCCUCUGGAAAGACCGUUGCUUUGGUUGGAGAGAGCGGUAGUGGAAAAUCAACAGUAAUCAGCCUCAUAGAGAGAUUUUAUGAUCCUGAUUCAGGUCGUGUACUGUUGGAUGAAGUUGAUAUCAUAAAGUUCAGACUAAGCUGGUUGAGGCAACAAAUGGGAUUGGUUAGUCAAGAACCUGUCCUUUUCAAUGAAUCCAUCCGUGCCAACAUAUUAUAUGGCAACGAUGGGAAUGCCACUGAGGAAGAGAUCGAUGCAGCCACAAAAGCAGCAAAUGCAUACAAUUUUAUAUGCUCGCUGCCUGAUGGCUAUGACACCUCUGUAGGGGAAAGAGGAAUACAGUUAUCCGGGGGCCAAAAGCAACGAAUAGCCAUUGCAAGAGCCAUACUAAAGAACCCGAAAAUCCUUUUGCUCGACGAGGCUACAAGUGCACUAGAUGCAGAGUCAGAACGCGUGGUGCAGGAUGCUUUAGAUAGAGUGAUGGUAAAUAGAACAACAGUUGUUGUUGCUCACCGCCUGAGCACUAUCAAAGGAGCUGAUGCAAUCGUGGUGGUGAAGAAUGGUGUGAUUGUAGAGAAGGGAAGACAUGAAAUUCUGAUGAAGAUCACUGAUGGGGUCUAUGCCUCUUUGGUAGCACUUCAUAUGAGUUCUUCAACGUGAAAAACAGCAGCAAUAAUAAGCUCAUUUUGAUUAAUAGUUUCGGUUUAUAUGUGUCUGGAUUGUAAUUCAGAAGCAAGUAAAUGCCAUGUGCUUUAUUUA